CACCCCGGAGCCGCGAAUCAUGUCUGCCAGGUGUUAUAGUCCAACCACCAAGCUACAAGGACUUCUCUUAUUAUUGUUCAUCCUCGGAUUUUCAUAUGAGGUUGACGGCCAGGCGCUUUUCUUCCGGAAUGAUUUAUCGAAACAAAGUCCUGGAGACGGCAGUCGACUGUCGCGCCAAGCCCAAACAGAUCUCACCGUUCGGACGAUAAUUGAUUGGCUGCAAGGCAGAUAUAACAAUCCUGCAAGAAGAGGAGUUCAAGACUCCACCUUGUCUCAGUCAGAACCAGCACGUACAUAUCUACCAGUUCCAGUUCCCGGCUCAGAGCGGCCUCGACCGUUCCAGCCAAACCCAACAGCCACAGCGCCACCGUCUAGACCAUUCUAUCCAUUUGAUGGACAGAACAAUGGUCAGUAUCCUCAGUUACCGCCUCCUCAGCCCCCAUUCAGUGAGGGACCACAGACGAGUCAACCAUCCGGCGUUUAUCUGCCUCCAUCAACGGAGGCGUUUCCGCCAUACAUACCUCCAGUAACGACAACGACGACGACGACGACGACGUCACCGGCACCGGAAGAAAAUUUGGUGCCCAGUGGUCCUGGUACCGGUGGUGGGGAGGUCACAGGUGGAGGGGAAGUCGUUCCCACUGGUGAAGGCGAGACAGGACCUGGCGUUGGACCCACAGGUGAUGCCGAGAUGCCUACCGUUAUUCCAACUGGCGGCGCCGAAGUGCCAACAGUUAGUCCAACAGGCGGCGCUGACGUGAUUGGAGACACAGAUACAGGAUCCACGGAAAUCCCAACUGGAUCAACUGAAGAUGAGGCCCAUCCUCCACACAUACAUUCCAUUGAUGUAGUGUGUUCAAAGGAAGAGAUGACCAUCAACAUUGAGUUCAACAGGCCGUUCAAUGGCGUUAUAUAUUCAAAGAACUAUUACCGUAAUCCUGCCUGCCGUUACGUGGCACCAAACAGUGGUCAGACAAAAUAUUCUUUCACUGUUAAGCUAAAUGAUGAAUGUGGCACACAAUUUAUAGAUAAAUUCAAGGAAGGGGGCCAGGCAUACUUAGAGAAUGUGCUGGUUCUUCAAAAUGAACCAGGAAUCCAAGAAGUGUGGGACACAGCACGAAGAGUGAGAUGCUUGUGGGAAGGUUCAAUUAAACAGUCCUUAAAUGUGAAUCUAAAUGUUGACAUGCUUAAUCAGGAGACUGUGACAUUUAGUGGAGACACAGGGAAAGCACGUCUUGAAAUUCAGGUUGGUAAAGGGCCAUUUGCUCCACCAGCAAGCGGUCUUGUGAAAAUUGGGGAAACAAUGACACUUGUUGUUUAUGUUGAAGGAGAUCCUGGAUUUGAUAUAAGAGUGCAGCAAUGUGUUGCAAGGGAUGCGAAUAGUGACAAUGUUGUAGAACUGACAGAUGAAAGAGGCUGUAUCUUGAAGCCUAAAUUAAUUGGUGCCUUCCAGAAGACUAAAGACACAGGAUCUAGUUCUGCCUCAGUGAUUGCAUACGCAUAUUUUCAAGCAUUCAAAUUCCCAGAUAUAAUGGAUCUCAUCUUUGAGUGUAAUGUUGAGCUGUGCAAAGUAGAGUGUGAAGGAUGUCCUACUCCAGGACAGAGUCUAAACCCCAUAUCUCGUAGAAGGCGAGACCUAUGGACUGACAAUUCUACAGAUGGGGAGCCACUCAAGGUUUUUCGUUCAUUCAGGGUGAUUGCCCCUGAAGACAUUGAUGACUUGGAUGCUCUUACUGGCUCUCGUUCAACAGUUAUAAAUAUUGGUUCAUAUUCAGAUGGCAUUUGUAUGUCAAUGCCUGCUUUCCUGGUGGUUUCUGUUUUGCUGUUAACAGUACUGGUCACUUCCUGCCUCACCACAGCUUACCUCUGGCUCAAACGACAGAGAAAAUCCAGUGAAAACAAUGUUGAAGAUAAGAAGUGGCGCAUGGAUGCGUAUCAUGUCUCAAAAUCAUAAAGCAUGCCAAUGACAUUGACAAUUGCUUCAAGAUUAUUUCAUCCUUGGAACCAGCAAAAGAGAUGCCUGACUUGCUGAAAUUGUUAUCAUCAUUCCUGUGACUUACUGUGUGGAAUAAACAUGAACAAUGAUUUCAGUCUUGAUUGUGAGACUCAGCAAGAAAAUUUUUUAUCGAAUGG